GCAAAUACCUUUAAUCACUGAGCCAUCUUACUGGCCCACACCAGGUCUUUUAACGUGGAUGCUGGAGAUAGAACUCAGGUCCUUGUGCUUGCCAGACAUGCGCUUUACCUGCUGAGCCAUUCCUGUAGCUAGUAACUGUCUCCUUUCUUCUCUCACUGCAGUAGGCAACGGUCUGGUGGCUAGUAGCUCUGACUCGUCCAGCUCUGGCUCCAGCUCUGACUUGGAUGAACCUCCCAAUGUUCAGCCGGUCAAAGUGUCAUCUGCAGCAGCAGUCACCCCCACCAGCCCUGUGGACAGCAGUGGACUCAUCACUCAGGAAGGCGUUCAUAUUCCCUUUGAUGUCCACCAUGUGGAGAGCCUGGCUGAGCAGGGCACCCCACUGUGCCCCAACUCUGCAGGCAGUGGACCCGAGGCCCUGGAGACGGUGGUGUGUGUGCCAGUGCCCAUGCAAGUGGGCACCGGCCCUGGCACCCUCUUUGAGAAUAUGCCCCAAGAGGCUCUGGGCGAGGUGGUAGCCAGCUGCCCAGUGUCAGGCAUGGUACCUGGCUCCCAGGUCAUCAUCAUUGCCGGCCCUGGCUAUGAUGCCCUAACAGCUGAGGGCAUCCACCUCAAUGUGGCUGCAGGCAGUGGUACCCCCAGCAGCGGCCUGGGUGAGGAGGUGCCCUGUGCUAUGAUGGAGGGUGUGGCGGCCUACACCCAGACGGAGCCUGAGGGCAGCCAGCCCAGCACCAUGGACACCACCUCCAUAGCUGGCAUCGAAACCAAGAAAGACACCACGCUGUGUCACUCAGUAGAGAAGGAGGAGAAAGAGGAUGCAGUGGCCCCAGAGCUGGCAGAGCUGGCAGCCACCAUGCAUGACAGCACAGAGCCCGAGGCAGAGGUGGACGGGGAGGAGUUGGACAGCAGUGACAUGUCAGCCAUCAUCUACGAGAUCCCCAAGGAACCUGAGAAGAGGCGGCGGAGCAAGCGGCCACGGGUGAUGGAUGCUGAUGGCCUGCUUGAGAUGUUCCACUGUCCCUACGAGGGCUGCAGCCAGGUCUACGUGGCUCUCAGCAGCUUCCAG